AGGUUGUCAGCAUAUGGUGACGUUUUCUAAAGGCCGGAAGCUUGAUGAGAGGCACCGUCUGGCUGAGUGUUUUCUGCGCUUCUGCUGAGGCUCUGGUUGGAAUUUUCAGGAGCCGGGAAGAGAGGAGAAUAACUGGAGGCGCCGUCCCGUUGGGGGCGGAAGAAAUUUACGUACGGAAUCCUUAGGAUACCAAGAGAACGGGCUGAUUCUACGAAAGGUUAAGUUGUGUAGCUGACAGCAGCCAAAAUGGUUUUGGCAGACCUUGGACGCAAGAUCACCUCUGCUCUGCGCUCUUUGAGCAAUGCCACGAUCAUUAAUGAAGAGGUGCUAAGUGCUAUGCUGAAAGAAGUCUGCACGGCCUUACUGGAAGCAGAUGUCAACAUCAAGCUUGUAAAGCAGCUAAGAGAAAAUGUCAAAUCAGCUAUUGACUUGGAAGAAAUGGCAUCUGGCCUUAAUAAAAGGAAGAUGAUACAGCAUGCUGUUUUUAAAGAACUGGUUAAGCUGGUAGAUCCUGGUGUAAAAGCAUGGACCCCUACAAAAGGAAAACCAAAUGUUAUAAUGUUUGUAGGAUUGCAAGGAAGUGGAAAGACAACAACUUGUUCAAAGCUGGCAUAUUACUAUCAGAGAAAAGGGUGGAAGACUUGCUUGAUAUGUGCAGAUACAUUUAGAGCAGGAGCAUUUGACCAGCUGAAGCAGAAUGCUACAAAAGCCAGAAUUCCCUUCUACGGCAGUUAUACAGAGAUGGAUCCAGUAAACAUUGCUUAUGAAGGUGUGGAGAAAUUUAAAAAUGAAAACUUUGAAAUAAUUAUUGUGGACACAAGUGGUCGACACAAGCAAGAAGAUUCUUUGUUUGAAGAAAUGCUUCAAGUUUCUAAUGCCAUACAACCAGAUAAUAUUGUGUAUGUUAUGGAUGCCUCAAUCGGACAGGCUUGUGAAGCUCAGGCUAAAGCUUUUAAGGAUAAAGUGGAUGUGGCUUCAGUAAUUGUGACCAAACUGGAUGGUCACGCUAAAGGAGGAGGAGCACUUAGUGCUGUUGCUGCUACAAAGAGUCCAAUUAUUUUCAUUGGAACUGGAGAACACAUUGAUGACUUCGAGCCAUUUAAGACACAGCCUUUUAUCAGCAAACUCCUUGGAAUGGGAGAUAUUGAAGGAUUGAUUGAUAAAGUGAAUGAGUUGAAGUUGGAUGACAAUGAGGCUCUGAUAGAGAAAUUGAAACACGGUCAGUUCACACUUAGAGACAUGUAUGAACAGUUUCAAAAUAUCAUGAAAAUGGGUCCAUUUAGCCAGAUUUUGGGUAUGAUUCCUGGUUUUGGACAAGAUUUUAUGAGCAAAGGUAAUGAGCAAGAAUCAAUGGCUCGACUUAAGAAACUUAUGACCAUAAUGGAUAGCAUGAAUGAUCAGGAACUUGAUAAUACUGAUGGUGCCAAACUCUUCAGCAAGCAACCUGGGAGAAUUCAGAGAGUGGCAAGGGGAUCAGGAGUAUCUACAAGAGAUGUACAGGAACUCUUGGCACAGUACACAAAAUUUGCACAAAUGGUUAAGAAAAUGGGAGGAAUCAAAGGACUUUUCAAAGGUGGUGACAUGUCGAAAAAUGUAAAUCCUUCUCAAAUGGCUAAACUUAACCAGCAAAUGGCAAAAAUGAUGGACCCCAGAGUUUUACAACACAUGGGUGGAAUGGCUGGACUUCAGUCUAUGAUGAGACAGUUUCAACAAGGAGCAGCUGGAAACAUGAAAGGAAUGAUGGGAUUCAACAACAUGUAGCCAAACUUUCUAAACAGAGGAUUCUUCAAAUAACAUCUUUUUCAGAGAUUUUAAAACUCCUAUAGAAAGGCAGCAUUGUCACUUUUGGAAAACCAUAAAUUAAAAUGGAUUAAGAGACUAAGAUAGCAUGUGGUCCUUUGCGUAGUGUCAUACAUGCCAUUUUAUUUUCCCUUUUUACUUCAGGUAAUAACAAGGAAGGACCAUUUUAAAUUAUGUUUCAAGUUAAUUUAAUUUGUGAAAGAAAAAAGAAAUUUUAAAAAGACAAAACUUAUGCAAAAUAGGUAUACUUUGGCUGUAUGUCAUCAUUGGCUUUUCAGAGAAAAUUGUCUACUGUAAAAUAAAUUUCUUCAUUGCUUUGA